AUGUUGAGAAAUAAAAGGAGGAGAGAUAAAAAAGAAGAUGAUGAAGACAAUGAUGAAGAAGACAAUGAUAAAGAAGAGGAAGAUGAUAAAGAUGAAGUUGAAGAAGAUAAAGAUGAAGAAGAUAAAGAUGACAAAGUAGAAGAUGGCGGUUGCGGUGCUUGGAAAAAUAAAUAUGUUGCUAUGGAUCCGGUUUCUGUUGUCAAUGUUAUCGACUUAUUCGUUGCUGUUGGGUUUGCUGCUGAAAAAAAUUGUAUUGGACUCGAAUAUUUAGAUAUUAACAUUUGA